CACAGCGGCGAGGUUCUGCGCGGGCGCGGAAGACGGGCGGCGCGUGGCGGAAGGCAGGCUUGCUCCUCGGGGUGGGGGAGGGUAGCCGGCUUAACGGGGCUACGGUGGACGCCACUUCUUAAUGUCGGGGGUCUUCGCGACGCUCACCUCGGCUCCUGGGGUUCGGGACGGUACGCAGCAGCCACCUUCGCGCCGAAGGCGGUAGGGCGCCACGGAAAGGAAUCGCUCUGGGCACGUAAGGCCUCGUGAGGUUGCGUCGCGCGCGGAGCUCUCUGGGACUUGUAGUUCUGGAGAUGGAGCGAGCUGUGCCGCUCGCGGUGCCUCUGGGUCAGACAGAGGUGUUCCAGGCCUUGCAGCGGCUCCAUAUGACCAUCUUCUCCCAGAGCGUCUCACCGUGUGGGAAGUUUCUGGCGGCUGGCAACAAUUAUGGGCAGAUUGCCAUCUUCAGCUUGUCCGCUGCUUUGAGCUCAGAAGCCAAAGAGGAAAGUAAGAAGCCGGUGGUGACUUUCCAAGCCCAUGAUGGGCCCAUCUAUAGCAUGGUUUCCACCGAUCGACAUCUGCUUAGUGCUGGGGAUGGGGAGGUGAAGGCCUGGCUUUGGGCGGAGAUGCUCAAGAAGGGCUGUAAGGAGCUGUGGCGUCGUCAGCCUCCAUACAGGACCAGCCUGGAAGUGCCCGAGAUCAAUGCUUUGCUGCUGGUCCCCAAGGAGAAUUCCCUCAUCCUGGCUGGGGGAGACUGUCAAUUGCACACUAUGGACCUUGAAACUGGGACUUUCACGAGGGUCCUCCGGGGCCACACAGACUACAUCCAUUGCCUGGCACUGCGGGAAAGGAGCCCAGAGGCGCUGUCAGGUGGCGAGGAUGGAGCUGUUCGACUUUGGGACCUGCGCACAGCCAAGGAGGUCCAGACGAUCGAGGUCUAUAAGCAGGAGGAGUGCUCGAGGCCCCACAAUGGGCGCUGGAUUGGAUGUUUGGCAACUGAUUCCGACUGGAUGGUCUGUGGAGGGGGCCCAGCCCUCACCCUCUGGCACCUCCGAUCCUCUACACCCACCACCAUCUUCCCCAUCCGGGCGCCACAGAAGCACGUCACCUUCUACCAGGACCUGAUUCUGUCAGCUGGCCAGGGCCGCUGUGUCAACCAGUGGCAGCUGAGCGGGGAGCUGAAAGCCCAGGUGCCCGGCUCCUCCCCAGGGCUGCUCAGCCUCAGCCUCAACCAGCAGCCGGCCGCGCCUGAGUGCAAGGUCCUGACAGCUGCAGGCAACAGCUGCCGGGUGGAUGUCUUCACCAACCUGGGUUACCGAGCCUUCUCCCUGUCCUUCUGAUCUCCGACGACACCCCCAGCCAGCGCAGGGUUUUAGAGUGUUUUUCAUUUUCUUUUUUUUUUUUUACAAUAAAGUUUCAGGCUUUUU